UAUAUGGUGAAUGUGAGUAAGAAGAAGAUUAGUUUUGUUUACAAAAAAGCGGCGAGCAAAAUGAGAAAGAACAGAACAGUUCAGCAGGAUGAGCUUUUCCUGGAGUUUAUGCAAGAUCACAAGGAUAUUGCUAGAGCCUUAACUCGUGGCCAAAAACUGGAAACGAAUGCAGCUUGGGCACAUCUCACAAAGGCUCUUAACGCCUGUGGCCCGCCAAUUAAAUCUCAGGAGCGUUGGCGUCGGAUCUGGAAAGACUGGAAGUGCUCAAUCAAGAAGAAGUCGGCCGAUAGAGGCUUGUCCCACAAUUAUGAACCAAUGACGCCCACGGAAGAAGCGCUCGCUGCUAUCCUCAAUUUUGAUAAGUCCGCAGCAAAUGAGCCAGAAGACAGUGAAGAAGAGGAUUCGUCCUCGCAGUUUUCACUGCAGAAAUCGUAUGAGCAGGAUCCCGAGGACCUGUUCAACUCGCCAGAACCCAAGAAAAAACUUAAAAUAGAGUCCAAACGUAGUACUAGCUCAAGCGAGCCUAUUGCCAAAAGAGACAGGGCCUCACGAAGCACCAAUAACGCGAAGCUGAAGAGAAAAAAUCAGCAAGUCGAGGAUGCCGAAGAUCCUUUAGUUAUUCCACCCAAAAAGUCUAAAACCUUUCCCAAAUCCAGUCAUCCCAAAGCUGAUACCAGAGCGUCAGUAGAGACUUCUUCUGAGUAUUCUGAAGAUAGUGAAACCCUACAAGAAAUUGCGGAUGAGCUUCACGCACUCAAUAAAACAGCCAAGUCCGCAGCACAAUCAAUAGCUAAAAUGUGCGCUUUGAUGGAAAGAGGACUUGUGGAGCGACAAAAGCACAAUGCAUUACUCAUGAAAUUGCUGGAUAAAAACAAAUGAAAGGAAACUUUAAAUUUAUGUUUUAUUUUACUACCUCUGUUGUAUUAACUUACAGCCCUAAAUAAAUUUGUAUUGUGACACAACAGAAUA